AUGCACUGCAUAUUGGGUCCACCGCAGACCCCAGCAUGUAUACAGCUCCUCAAUGAGGUGGUCUCUGCAUCCUCAUCGCUGCCACUCGACCUCAUUCGCUUCCUCGAUGCGACUUUGGCUUCAGAUUUCCCCCCUAUCGUCGCUCGCCCAACGCUGUCCGCGUACAUCGAAACGCUGUGUAAUAUUGCCAAUCGUGAUGUCAAAAAGCACGCGAUGGGUGAAAGUCUUCAAAAGCUUCAGUCGCGUACCACGACUUAUGAGGAGCAGGUAAGAACCCUUCACCCCCACCCGCCCCUCUUGCGAGCCCAUGGCAAGGAGAGCUGCCACCUCUGAGCUGAUGCUGUGGCGGAACAAGAUCGCCAAAUAUCACGAUCACUGACCGCGAGGAUAUUGAUAGAUCACCACUUUGCGUGAGCACUAUGCAACGCUGCUGGAGGAAGACGAGGAGUGGAUCUCAGCGGCGCAAGUACUGAAUGGCGUAGUCUCCGACGCUUCUGACCGGUAAGCCUGGGACACCUGUGGCACUUGCAUGAGCGACAUCUGGCUAGAAGCUAAGAACAGCUUAUUUUCGAGUCACCUCCAGACCUGUCGAGUACAAGCUCAAGAUCUAUAUUCGCAUCGUGCGUCUCUAUUUGGAAGAACAGGAUUCGACGUCGGCCGAGACCUAUUUCAAUCGCGCAUCCUUGAUCAGCCACAGCACGGACGACCUGGAGACGCAACUCCAGUUCAAACUCUGCCAGGCUCGCAUGCUAGACUUCAACCGCAAAUUCGUCGAGGCCGCUUCGAGGUAUCACGAGAUCAGCUACAUUGUCGCACUUGAGGAAGCAGAUCGUUUGCGGUGUCUGUUCGUCUUUGUCCCACCUUCCACUAAGUGCAGCAAACGGCCUAAGCUGACAUAGUCUUGCGCUUAUUUCGCUACAGUACUGCAGCCAUUACCUGUGCCAUCUUGGCGCCGGCGGGACCGAGACGAUCGCGCAUUCUCUCUGCACUGUUCCGCGACGAACGGUCAAGCGAAACCCCCCAUCAGACCGUCCUGGCCAAGAUGUUCCUUGAUCAGACCUUUCAGCCGACCGAGAUCGCCGAAUUUGCUGCAAGCCUUUCGCCUCACCAGCUUGCUCGCUUGCCGCCAGCUGCUGUCACCGUCAUGGAAGAUGACACCACUGUGGAAAUGGGCAAGAGAGGUCCCGAAACACUUCUGGACCGUGCUGUGAUGGAGCACAACAUUCUUGCUGCAUCAAAAGUCUACAACAACAUAACUUUCACUGGACUUGGACAUUUGCUGGGCAUCCGUCCCUCAUCCGGGGAAUCAAUGGUCCGCACGAUGAUCCAACAAGGCAGGCUUUGCGCCUCAAUCAAUCAAGUGCUUGGACUGGUGAACUUCAUUGGAGAUGGCAAAGCAGGUGAUGGUGUCAUGUCGAAUGUUGCAGCCGCCGCCACUGCAAGUCCUGCGCCCGAGGAAACCGAAUUCCUGCUUGAUGACAUGGCAACAAAGCGGUGGGAUCUUCAAAUCCGUGGUACCUUACAGCUUGCUGAAGCUAUUGCUCUUCGCUGUGAGGAAAUGAUCACUGGCCUAGUUCAAUGA